AUGUCUGAUGAACAUGAUCACGGCGGCCACAUGCACAUGCCUCCUUCCGAUGGUAGCAUGAGCAAACAUAGGAUGAUGCACAUGAGCUUCUACUGGGGCAAAGAUGCCAUAGUCCUCUUCUCUGGAUGGCCUAAUCAAGACCUUGGCAUGUACGUGGUGGCUCUUCUCUCUGUCUUUUCCCUGGCCGUCGCCGUCGAGGUAUUGUCCAUCUUGCCGGCUGUCAAACCCGGCCACAAACCGAUUGCGGGCGGGCUGAUUCAGGCCACCGUCUAUGCUUUUCGCAUGGGCUUGGCUUACCUAGUCAUGCUCUCUGUCAUGUCCUUCAACCUUGGAAUCUUCAUAGCCGCGGUGGGUGGCCAUGCCGUUGGGUUCUUUCUCGUCAAGAUUCGUGCCCUUGCCAAGGCCAAACCUGCUCAUGAGACCAUGUCCUCCACCGCAUUAAUCACUACUAAAGUUUGAUGUUCAUGUCUUCCAAAAGGGAAUGGUGUCUUUUCAGUGGUGCAUGUCUAUAAUAUUGUAACCGUCUUUACUCGCUCUUUAAUCUACUGCUGGGAUGAUUGUUCAAGUGAAAAGAGUCUAGGUGGUCUGUGACUCUGUAUUGCCCGAGUGUGUAAUGUAGUGAGGUUUCUAUUCAAUAUGACGCCGUUUUAAAGCUAA